UGUGGGUUUUGUGAUUUGUAGGUAUGACACUGGUAAAGACGGCUUCAUCGACCUGAUGGAGCUGAAGUUGAUGAUGGAGAAGCUGGGAGCACCACAGACCCACCUGGGCCUCAAGAACAUGAUCAAAGAGGUGGAUGAAGACUUUGAUGGCAAACUGAGCUUCAGAGAGUUCCUGCUGAUCUUCCGGAGAGCAGCAGCUGGAGAGCUGCAGGAGGAGAGUGGUCUGAUGGCUCUGGCCAGACUGUCUGAGAUCAAUGUCUCCACUGAGGGAGUGAUGGGGGCCAAAGACUUCUUUGAGGCCAAGAUGCAUGCUGUGUCUCUGGGCAGCAAGUUUGAGGCUGAGAUUCGAGAGGAAAAAGAAGAACGCAAGAGACAGGAAGUGGAAAAAAAACAGAGACAAGCCGCCUUCAAGCAGCUGCAGUCCACCUUCUGCUCAUGACCAUCAGGGGGCAGAUAACAAUGCACAGUCAGUGUUGGUGAGAUUUUAGAAAUAGCUUCACACUCAACGUAUACUUUAACAAAUAUCAUUGCUCGGAAUUUGACACUUUAUAAUAAAAAUAGAAAAAUACUUUAAAGUAAAUACUCACUAAUACUUGAAAAUACCUGCCUCAUAGGCAAGGUUUGUUCACAACAGACUUUCUGCAGCUGCUCCACAGAACACAGUAAGGCAAAACACUACUUCAGAUUUGGUAGGAAAUAUUUACUAAACUCUCAUCAUUGAUUUAAUGUGCUCCAAGGCUAAGUGAAGCUGUGUUGAGUGUGUUCUGCAUUUCUUUGUAAGGCGUUUUUCAUUUCAUGUUACAGUUUGGUCAUGGUUUGUGUCAAAUGAUCUUGUGUCAUCCUCACCUUCUUAACACUGUUACCAUGGGUGUAAUUAAAUAUCUCCUCUUUAAUAGAAACAGUAUAGUAAUAGAUAAUCGGAUGAAUAACUGUAUCAUAAUAGUUUUGUAAAAGUAGAUAUCAGACCAUUCUCAUGUCUGUCUGUUUACUGAGUGGAUGUGGUUAGCCCAUCUUAGCAUAAAGACAGGAAUAAGGAGGAAACAGCUAGCCCAGCUCCAUGUUGUAUGUCAUUUGUUCAAUCCAUACACAAACAGAAAUGUAAAAAUGCUUUGUGGUUUUAGUUUCAUUUGUGUGGUGGAAUAGUUUUACAUCUGUAGUUCCAGUAUGUAACUCCCCCAAAACCACACAUUUCAGUUUUCCAUUUGUAAAUGAACAAGUUUAAAAGGUG